AUGCGAAACAGAACCAACUACUCCGCGUCUCUAUCUUCGAGUGUUGUCAAUUAUCCGGUCGAAUAUGGACGAAGAUAUCACGCUUUCCGACCAGGAUCCUAUGCCUUUCCAAACGAUGAGCUCGAAAUGGAACGCAUGGACGUAGCCCACGCACUCAUGGUCAAGUCAAUCGGCAACAGGUUGUUUCUAGCGCCCCUCAGAGAAGCAACUCUUCAUCGAGUCUUGGACAUUGGGACGGGCACUGGAAUCUGGUCGGUGGAAAUGGGCGACAUUUUCGGAAACGCGGAAAUCAUCGGAAACGACUUGAGUCCCAUUCAGCCUGGAUGGGUCCCGGCGAAUGUGAAGUUCGAAAUUGACGAUGUCGAGAGCCCUUGGAUCAACGAGCACAAAUACGAUUACAUCUUUUGUCGCUACAUGCUCAUCUCAAUUCAAGACUGGCCUCGACUUAUCAGGAACAUGUAUGACAAUCUCAACACUGGCGGUUGGGUCGAGAUCCAGGACAUGGAUGGACUCUACUACUCAGAAGACGGGACCUACACAGAAGAGCACGCUACGCGCCAAUGGAACAAGCAGUACAUUGACGCCUGCGAGGCCAUGGGCCGCACCGCCCGCCCCGGCCCCCAGCUCGAAGGCUGGGCCAGGGAAGCCGGAUUCCAAAACGUCACGCACGAAAAGUUCAAGGCCCCAAUUGGGCCCUGGGCAAAGAAUGACCAUUACGCCGAUGUCGGCAUGCUGAAUCUGAUUCAGCUUCUCAAUGGCCUGGAGGGCUUCACGUUGAAGAUAUUUUGCGGGUUUUUGGGACAGACAAAGGAAGAAGUUAUGGUCCUGCUUGCAAAAGUUCGCAAGGAGUUGAAAGAGGGCGCAUUCCAUGCUAUUUUCGAUCAUCACGUCGUUUACGCUCAGAAGCCUUUCGAAACGGAGGAAGGCAAUGAGGGGGCACCACCGCCAGUAUGA